CAAAGUACCAGCUUGCAAAGACCUUUCCCUUGAACCAACACAGCACUUCCGGCCAAGCUGUCCAACAUGCGUCCGACCUCACGCUUGUUCGCGACCGUGAAAUCGGCCAAAAAGUUCCUCGAACCCAACACACCCACGGGCCUGACAGGUCUAACCACCCACCCGUCCCCACGACCAGCUCUCAUCUACACCUACCGACAAACCCUCAAGAAACUCGAACAGAUACCCAAAAGCUCCGUAUAUAGACAGUCGGUCGAGGCGCUGACGAAGCAACGGCUCGAGAUCGUCGAGGCCCAACGACCCGAGGGCUACGAAAAAUGGCUCGAGCGGGUGCGGAAACAAAUCGAAGCCAACCCGGCCGCGUACGGUAGAUUCAUGAACGCUGACGGGAGCCUGGGGAGUCAAAAGGCGCACGUUGAGUCAGUGGACAACUGGGAUGGCAUCGUCACGCGGCAGGAUGCGCUGCAGGAGGGCACGAACAGCAUGGCCGAGGCCGAGAGGAAGGCCAAGUCCGUCGGUGCCGAAGUACAGAUCGUCGACAAGGAAGCCGCAGAGGGGAAAUUGCCCACGGUCGAAGAUUUGGAGGUUGAACCUCCUUUGACGAGAGAGCAGUAUGUUCCAUUUCACCUCAUCUACACUUGACCCCUCCCCAAAACAGAGAGCGAGAGAGAGAGAGAGAGACAAGUCGAUUGCGAAUAAACACAACGAAACAACAGAAAUAAUAUCAUUGUUGGCUGACGAUAUAUAUCUUCUUCUCCCACAGGAUCGAGACUAUCGAGAACAAGAUUGGGGCUGGGUUGAUCGAGGAAGUCAUCCAGGUCGCAGAGGGUGAACUUGAGCUUGUGGACGAGAUGUUGGUUCAUCAACCGUGGGAAGAGCUCGAGGAGAAAGCACCGACUGGUCAAUGGGUCUACUUUGAGCGUGGUAACAGAGUUUAGAGACCGCUUGUCUAGAUGCGUAGUCCUGGCGAGCUGUGUAUAUAUGAUACCAAAAAGACGUGACCCGAGUCCAAUAAGCAUUCACGAACUUAGCUUGGAACCUCAUGUCCUCUCCACGAAACGUUUCUAAUAUUCGUACGGAGUAUGCCAGGUCAUACCUACUGACAGCGAAGAUCUCUUUAGCAUGGCUUGGUGUUGAUGCUGUAUUCUUGAUUCCUGAAACUUUGGUUUGUUCUAUUGUUUUUGUUUGGGCAGUGCUUCUACUCGUACGACCGACGGACUACC